AUGGCCCUUGAAGCUCUGAAUUCACAGGCGCCCCCGCCGCCGGCUCCUGUCCGGUAUGAGGAGAUUGACUCUAACAGGACUAAAGGGAAGCGCUCAAAGCGUUCGCGAUACGAAGUCGUCCAGAGUCAUACGGAUGAUGAUGAAUUCUUGGCUCUCAGCCUCAUGAUGCUUUCUCGCGGCGCCCCCUGUACCGCCGAAACCACCGCUGAAACGAAAUAUGAUAUUAAGCCUGUUCCCACAACCACCAAACGUACGACAGCGGAGAACAUCCUCAUCCCUAGUGAAGAAGAAGAAAAGAAACAGAUAAAGUCUUCACUUUCGUCGACUGAGGCGGUGGCUCAGCCACAGAAUACUUACAAGUGCAGUGUUUGUAACAAGGCUUUUCCGUCAUAUCAAGCGCUAGGGGGCCACAAAUCCAGCCAUGGUAUUAAGAACUCCUACUCCACCUCUACUGCAUCAAAAGAUGGUCAUGUCUCGUCGUCGACCUCCAUCGUCACCGCCCCUAAUACCCCUUCUCUCAACGUAACCGGUAAACAUCAUGAGUGCUCCAUCUGCCAUAGAGUUUUUCCCACGGGCCAAGCUUUGGGUGGCCACAAGCGUCGCCAUUAUGAAGGCGUAAUUGGCGGCGGUAAGAAGAGCAGCAUAACCUCCUCCGAAGGCGCCGACGCCUCCACCCGCAGCCAAAGCCAAAGCCACGGCCACGGCCACACCGUCCGUGACUUUGACCUGAACUUGCCGGCCACCCCGGAAAUUUGCCUGGAUUUGAUCCCUUUCCUGGCGGAAGAGAAAAGUCAAUUAAUUCUUUAUGAACAAGAAGUAGAAAGUCCCAUGCCCGUGUCUGCGAAGAAACCGCGUUUGUUUCAUUGA